AUGACGAUGUCAAAACAGCGUUCCUUUCGGGGUACACCCUAUGCCACCGGUGCCGCCUCGGCCACAUUAUUGGCAGCGGAUCUCGAGCUCAGUUUACCGUCCUCGCAAUACCUGGAGGAAGGGGGACCCAAGGCAUUGAUUUUCGAGCGCCGCGAAGAGAUCAUCACUCUAGGAGUGAUGGUUGCUGAGAAACUAUUUGAACAGACGGCGGCCGUGAUCACGCUGAACCCCGAGGACUUCCGUCAAGUGCUGGAAUGGGAUGGGAAGGUUGUUCACAUACAGGAUGGCCUAGUCUCGGAUACCCUUCUGGAGGCCAAUACUUUGAGUGGAGCCACGAAGCCUGCCGUGGACCUGAAUGCCUUCGAUAUCCAGCUUACCGAUACCGAUCGAGCGAUCUUAAACGGGACUAGCGGUGAAGUGGCUCGGAUCUCACUCAAAAUCAUCAUUCGAAUGGCGGAUAUGAUGGGCGCUCGAGAGUUGAUGGAUAUUAGUCAAGCUCAUGUGGAUGGAGCCUGGUACAGCCCCGGUUCUGUUGCCUUUGGACAGAAGCUUCGGGACUGGGGCGGCAAAUUCCAGGUUCCUACUACUAUCAACUCUUUGAAUGUUGACCAGAAGCGGUGGCAGGCUCUUGGGGUCAACUCGGAGUUUGGCUCAACCUGUGAUGAGCUGGCCAAUGCCUUUGUCGAUAUGGGCGGUAAGGUUUCAUUUACUUGCGCUCCCUAUCUACUCGAGACUGCCCCUAAGCUAGGCGAUCGAAUUGCCUGGGGAGAGGCGAAUGCCAUCAUCUAUGCCAACAGUGUUCUUGGCGCGAGAACCCUGAAGAACCCGAAUAUGUUGGAAGCUUUGAUUACCUUGACGGGCCGCGCACCAAAAGCAGGGGCCUAUUUAGAAGAUAAUCGCUUCGCAUCUCUCUGGCUCAAAGUGACGCCACCUAGAAGAGUCGACGAUUCAUACUGGCCAAUCCUAGGCUACGCUCUCGGCGCAAUCACCUCAGCUCGCAUUCCGGUGAUUACUGGAUUAGAGCAUCUGAAGCCUAGCAGUGACGACCUCAACGCAUUCUCAGCGGCAUUUGCGACCUCUUCUAGCACACCCAUGUUUCAUAUAGUCGGCCUGACUCCGGAGGCUCCCACCCUUGAGGCUGCAUGUCCCGAGGGUAGAACUCCCCAAUCUGUCGUUGUAGAUCGGAAAGAUCUUUACAAUAUCUGGGAUGAGUUCAAUUAUGGCUCCGAGCGCCGGGAAAUGGAUCUUAUCUCAUUUGGUAAUCCACACUUCUCCUGCCGGGAGAUCAAGGAGGUAGCGAAGCUAUGCCGGGGAAGAACUAAAAAGGAUAACGUGGCUGUGAUUGUCACCUGUGGUCGUUCUCAGUAUAGUCUUGCCUUGCAGGCGGGCUAUGUCGAGGAGCUUGAGAAAUUCGGAGUUCAGUUCCUCCAGGACACUUGCUGGUGUUCCAUCGCGGAGCCCGUCAUCCCGAAGAAUACUCAAACAAUCAUGAUUAACUCGGGCAAGUAUAUUCAUUACGGACCCGGUUUGAUGGGUAGGAAGUUUGCUUUUGGUAACUUUGAGAUGUGUAUAGAUGCAGCGUGUACCGGGAAGACGACUGGAGACUCGCCUUCGUGGUUACUGGAUCUUAGACUUAACUAA